AAAGAAAAAAAAUAACAUGCCAUGUUACUGCAGAGAAAAUUUGGUAAAUGGUAGUAUUUGAAGAAGUUCUUAUUGCUUAAAAGAAGACUGAUAUUGGACUUGACUAAGACUGUCAUUUUAUUGUAUGUUGAUAUCAGGGGGUAUAUUAUUUGACUUCUGGUAGUGGCUUCAAUAUUUUAUAUAUGCAGUAUGGCAGAUAACAACUCAUUGGUUGGUGGUGAGUCCUUGCAGAAGCAGGUCAGUGAACGGGUCAUUAUAGUGCAGCUUCUGGUGUUGAUUUUCCUUUUCAUAAACUUGUUGCUCAUUGUGACUUUUUUUUCAAAGGCCUACUUCUACACAACCAUGCGAUACAUCUUAUUUGUUGUUACACUGUUGUCUGAUAGCUUGAUAUUAAUCAUGUCUGAUAUCCUGCUCAUCUUGAACUAUUUUCGUUUCACAAUGCAAAUUGGCUUGUGUGUCAUGGUCUAUAUCUUUUUGGUUCUGUACACUUUUGUCACACCAGUUACUCUGACAGCAAUGACCCUGGAGCGCUACGUGGCCAUUUGUAUGCCCCUUCGCCACGGAGAGCUCUGCACCACACACAGCACUCUACAUUGCGUCCUCAUCAUUCAUGGUCUCAGCUCUGUACCAGUCACUGUCAUUCUCUCUAUGUUUUUUGCAUCAGCCCCACAUAGCUUGUAUGCCCAAUACAGGAUAUGCUCAAUGGACUUAUUUGUCCCACUCAGAUGGCAGGAUCACUUUAAAUUAGUUGUAUAUCAGUGCUACUUUUUAGUCAUGUCUGUCACCAUCAUUUUUUCCUACACUGAGAUUAUGAAAGUGGCCAAAGCUGCAUCAGGAGAGAAUAAAAAGUCAACAAAGAAAGGGCUUCUAACAGUGCUUCUUCAUGGUUUCCAGCUGCUCCUUUGUUUUAUCCAGUUGUGGUGCCCAUUCAUAGAAACUGCUUUACUUCUGAUUGAUUUCAAGUUAUUUGAUUAUGUCAGGUACUUCAAUUACAUAAUGUUUUAUCUUGCUCCAAAAUGUCUGAGUCCUCUCAUUUAUGGCCUUAGAGAUGAAAAGUUUUUUCUUGCACUAAAACACAGUGCGUUCUUUGGAUUAUACUAUGUAAAAAGCAAUGUGCAGGUUUCUUUUGUUUGA